AUGCCGAGUGGGAAAGUGAUGGUGGGGAUGUUGCUCGUGGCCGCUUUUUUCCUUGUUGCCUCUCCAUUUAGUGGCACUUCUGCAUCUGCGGAUAAUGUCAUUGAUUUGGGUGGAGAUUGGGAUUUCAUCUCAGCGAAUGGCUCAUUCAAAGGGAAAGCCCAAGUGCCUGGCGAUAUUUACAUGGAUUUGGCAAGAGCAGAACAAAUCGGUGAUCCAUUGUUCGGCCAAAAUGACAUCGACACUCGAUGGGUUGCGUACACGAAUUGGAACUACACAAAGACUUUUGUUCUUGAUGCACAACCGGAAAAAGCUGUGCUCGAGUUUGAUGGUCUUGACACAAUCUCCACUAUCUAUUUAAAUGAAAAACUUGUCGGCUCAACGAAGAAUCAAUUUGUACAAUAUGCAUUUGAUGUCACGAAAUUUGCCAUAAAAGGCUCAAACAAUUUGGUGAUUUUGUUUGCAUCUCCAGUGCUUACAGCUGAAGCAGAAGCCGCUUCGUUUAAGGCAAACUACUCACAUGUGAUUUGGCCAGAGUGCCCUCCUGAUAUGUAUCAAGGAGAAUGCCAUGGGAAUAUGAUUCGCAAGAUCCAGGCGUCAUUCAGCUGGGAUUGGGGACCGGCUUUCCCAACGGUCGGCGUUUCGAGGCCAGCUCGAUUGAUCAUCACAAACACAGCACAGAUCUCUAUGCUCACUGCUACCGUGAACCCAGUGAAUGAUCAAUUCACAGUUCGAGUUGAGGCCAAUGUCCGAAAUGCAAUGGCUGGCACUCGACUAAAUGUUCUUAUCGACCCGCUCGGUAUCAUUCGAACCGCUGAUGCCAGCUCUGGGAGUGCAUUUAUUGAAGUGAAUAUUUCAAAACUGGCUGUUGAUCUUUGGUGGCCGAAUGGGCAUGGCACUCAAACUCUUUACACAAUCACCGGUCAACUAGCUGGAGUAGCAAACUCGAUGAAGAAGAUAAAGGUCGGAUUUCGAUCAGUGGAACUCGUUCAAGAUUGGAUUGAUGAAAAUAAAAAAGAGAAAGGCCGUCAUUUCUACUUUAAAGUCAAUGGGGUACCAAUUUUUCUGAAAGGAACAAAUUGGAUUCCGGUUUCCUCAUUCCCGGCUCAGCCCUCAAACGAGCGUCGCUAUCGAUUUUUACUUGAUUCAGCCAGGAAAGUCGGAAUGAAUUCAAUGCGUGUUUGGGGUGGCGGACGAUAUGAGGAGGACAUCCUAUACGACUUAGCGGACGAGUACGGCAUUCUAAUCUGGGAGGAUUUGAUGUUCGCCUGUUCUCUUUACCCAGCUCAUCCCGAAUUUCUCGACUCUGUUCGCCAAGAGUUGAUCUACAAUGUGAAUCGACUCAAAUAUCAUCCUUCAAUGCUUUUAUGGGCUGGGAACAACGAGAAUGAGCUUGGUUUACACGAUGGAUGGUUUUCAGGAGCACCAAGGGAAACUCAAACAGAUGAAUAUCUUCGUCUUUACAAGACAACGGCUGAGACAGUGAUUGCUCAAUUAGAUCCCGGACGAGCUUUUGUUAUGUCUUCACCAAGUGAAGGAAUUAAAAGCAUUGAAGAAGGCGGUAUCUCGAGUGAUCCAAAUUCGGAAUUCUAUGGCGACAUUCAUUUCUACAAUGAAUAUAUCGAUCUUUGGAGUGAUGCUAGCUAUCGCACGCCUCGAUGUGCCACUGAAUACGGAGUACAAAGUUGGCCGAGCGGUUACACAUUGGCAAAAGCACUACCAGAAAAGGACAUCAAUUACAUGAGCAAAGCGAUGUUGCAUCGGCAACACCAUCCGGGAGGCACUGAAAACAAUUUGGCAAUGAUUUUCUCACAUUUCGCAUGUGCGAACGGGACACUUCCCGAAAAUCUACCGCAAGUAUGCGCUUUUGCGAAUACGACGACUUUCAUGCAUCGAUUUGCCUAUCUCUCGCAAGCACAUCAAGCAAUCGCAUACAAAGUACAAACAGAGCAUUACAGGAGAAUGAUGGGUCAACUAUUACCGGAUGGGCGAGGAAAUACAAUGUGUGGAAUGUACUGGCAACUCAAUGACAUCUGGGCCGCUCCCACGUGGGCCUCGGUGGACACAAAUUUGCGGUGGAAAAUGGUUCACUAUGAGGCAAGACGAUUCUUUGAGCCACUUCACAUUGCACUAUACAUCGUGAACGACGCUUUACAAGUGACCGUUAUUAACGAUUUUCACACCGAUCAAAGCGGAACGAUCGAGAUUUCGAUGCUUACCUGGGAUUCUAAUUUUACGCCAGUUUACACAUGGGAAACAAAUGUGACAAUUGCUGCCGAUCAAGCCACAACUCUGCAACCACCGGGAAAACUUUCGCAACCGAUGACAGCACCCGAGGACUUCGUUUUUGUCGGUCGUUGGAAAAACAAAAAAGGAGAUCAGAUAGGAACAAACAGCAUCGUGAUCCCCAAUAAAAUCUACAAAGUGAAUCUUGAUCGAAUGGGCACCGUUCGGAUUUCCUCUUUCAAGCAGAUUUCCGAUGUCGAAUACGAAAUUGGAAUUGAAACGUCGGGCAUUUCCCCGCUUACAUGGCUAUCCGUUAACAAAGAGUUUCUGGGCUCCUUUUCGGAUAAUGGCUUCACAAUGGUUUCCAAAUCUGUCACGGUGACACUUUCUUUGACCGAAACACUCCAACUUGCUAAAACCGAUAUCUCUGUAUGCAAUCUUCGCACGUGUGGACUUGAUUCUCAAUUUAGU